AUGUAAAAAUCAGGAUAGCCUUACAUUGAAAAUUCAUUAACCAAGAGAGACGCUCCAUUUUAAUAUGAACCACAAUCAAAAUUCACUCCAUUACAAUUAAUACCUCCCAUAAAUGACAAUUUUAGACAUUUAAAAGGGUUGAAAGCAUCGAGAUCAUAGAAUAACAGUAAAGUCAAAAUCAAGAAGGUUAAACAGAAAUUUCCCUCUUUAAUGGAAUUCGACGAAAUGCAGACUUAAGAUGAUGAACUUGAAUUUAAUGCGUACAAUGUAAAACCCUUUGAUUCAGUAGCUCCUCAAACCUUCAGGAAUAUCUAUAAGAAAAUAGAUACUAUUCUACAGAAGAAGACUCUGUAUCAGAACUAAAAAAUGUCUCUUUUUAGCAGUGUAGCAGAAUCCUCGAAAUCAGAAAAACUAAUGCCGAGAACUCUUGGAUUGAUUCGUACGAAUACAAACAACAACAAAGUACUUGAUGCAUCCAACUUUUGUAUGGGAGACAAGUACGCCAAAGUGUUGUGUUCAGGAGUGAAACUGACUCUGGAUUAUUAUGAAUAAGUGAACCUGAAAAACAACAAUCUGACUAGCAGGUCGAGUGAGUGUCUGAAUUAGUUGAUACCUACGAAGUUAAAGGGUCUCAAUUUGUAAGGGAAUAGUUUGGGUCAAGGAGGACACGAAUUUGUAAAGGCUCUAAACACAAGAUAUGGUCAAUUGCAGUAUCUAAAUUUGGAGAACAACAAGUUCAAUGAUGAUGGCUGCCGAUAACUAUUCAAGAUGUUAUAAGAGAACACUAUCAUGUAGAAACUCAAUCUCUCUCAUAAUCUAAUUACUGAUAAGUCUAUGCCAGAAUUCAAUGUGUUAUUGUAAAAGAAUGCUACUCUCAGUGAGAUCUAUUUACAUUGGAAUCGAAUCCAUCAAAUCGGAGGCUAGUAUAUUAUAGCAGCACUUUUCAUAAAUUACAAUGUCAAAGUAUUAGAUUUAUCAUUCAAUUCUCUUGGUAUCAGAUAUAAAGAUGAUGCUCAAUCUCCAUAAAAGAAUAAGCUACCCUAUUAAACUUGGCCAGAUUACUUCUCUUCCAAGAAUUGUAAUCUUAUGCAUUUAGAUCUCUCCAAUAAUCAAUUUAAUCAAUCCCAAUCUGAAGCCAUUGCAAAAUCACUUGAAGACAACCAUACGAUAUAUGGAUUCCACUUUUCAGGCAAUAUUCAUAGUUCAAUUGACCAUCUAGGAUUUCUAAAUAUCACCAAAUAAACAAUUGAAUAAAAGGAUGUCAUCUUGAAGAAAAAUGAAGAAUAUCAAUCAGAAAUUAUUGGAGCACUUCAAAUACCUAGAAUAGAUGGAUUAAAAUAGAUAUAGAGACAAUCUUAAUUCUAUAAUGAAGUGUGUUGGAUAUGUGAUGGAUGGGUUGAGUGUACAUUCCUCUGGUAACCUAAUCAUUUGGACAUCAAAAGAGAACCAUUAUUCAUCCAUUUGAGUCAUGAACGAUAUGCUCCAAUCAAAAUGGAACUCAUGGAUGAUGAAUAAAGAGAAAGAUCCCCAAUGUCUCGAAAAUCUAAUUCUUACAAAAUAUGGUACGUAUAAAGAAUGGUACCAUCAAAAUAGCCAAUUCGAUUCUUCUUUUCAAGUCCUUUAUUAAAAUAAGCUCAAGUGAGCAGUUAAUAUGACAUUGUUGAUUGGCCCAAAGCUGAAUAAAACAAGAAAGUGUUGUUCUAUAUGAUUAAUGAGAAACACUUAACAUUUCGAAGACCCAGAUAAUGCAAUUAGAUAAUGUUGCCAUCCAAACAAUAAUUUGAUGAAUUACAUUAUGAGCCUAGUGUCCAUUGCAAGCCAAGAAUAAAGGACUAUGGUGGAAUAUUGGAUCUUAUUAUUGAUGAUACAGUCGAUGAGAAUAUUGAUUAGACUGACAAUUUCUUUAAAGAGUGUCAUAGGGAUUCAGAUUAAGAAUUCUCAGAUUGUUUUGAAUGGGAUUGGAAUAACUCACAAUUAACCAAACUAAUUAAAGAGUAAGAUCAACUUAUUUAAGUUAAAUAGUAUUUACAUAGAAUAUAUCGAGAUUUGGUGUCUGCUUAUAGACAUUAUAGUGCCUAUUCACCAAGUGGUGAUAUUUGGAGUAUUUCCUUAAAUGUCUUCACUGAUAUUUUUUAGUCUUCUUUCGUUGACAAUAAGUCAUACCUCUUGAAAGAUUUGGAUAUAUCAUUUAGAUAGACUACAUCCAAAUACAUCAACCAAACUAGAACAUCCACUUCUCACGCAUUAUUAAGACAUCAAUUUAUUGAAAUUUUAGUUAGAAUGUCUAUGGACAAAUAUUGCAAACAACCCCUUUUGAUGACUCCAAUUGAAGCCUUGUAGAAGGUUUACGAAGUAGAUGGAUUACAGAAGAAAAUCGAGAGUGUUCAAGAAUCUCAGACUUGGCGAGAUGUGUACUAUUGGAGUAUGGAAUGCAACAGAGUGAUCUCAAACAAUUCAUCGGUUCUCAGGUAGUUGUAUCAAGAAUGUGUAUAGAUGAGAUCAUUAAACUAUUUCACCAAUAAGACUUUUGCAUCUCCUCAAUCCUUUAAAGAAUUAUUCAAUAGAGCUGGACUGAUUAAUGAUGUCAAUGCAGAGAGAAAUGUAUUGAUUGCAUUUGCAUUAAGUGUGCCCCUCGUACUAGAUGAAAUCAAUUAAGAUAGAUAGAUUUAGAUGAGUUUCUAAGAAUUUGUUGAAGCAUUGGCUCGAGUGGCUGAAAAAUAUGGGUAGAACAAAUCAGUGAUCAGCUCAGAAUAAUUGGCAUUGAAAUUAUAACACAUCAUAGGAUAAUUACAGGAGUAUUACCAGAUUGUAGACGAGAACAAAAUAAUCAUUCCAUAGAUGAGACAAUCCAAGAAGUAAACCAACUUCCUCCAAGAAAAUGUUACUAAAUUAUUGUAUGAGAUAGAUGGAUCACCCGUCAAUGCCCCAUAAAUCUAUGAAUUUGAUUUUGUAGAAUGAUUAAAACAUAAUAUAUUUAGUCAAUUAAUCUAAAUCAUAUAUUGUACUA